AUGAAUAGUCUCGCCUCUCUGCGUUUCUGUGCACGCUCACUGAGACCGACUCUGCACUCUCCCGCAUCCAUCUUCAUGACGCGCAAAAUGUCUAGCUUCCAGUUCGCCGAGGGCGAGGAUCCGCAGCAGCUCACCCGCGCCGCCGAGACCCUCCUCCAACAGGGCUGGGCGCGGGAUGGAGAUGGAAUGGGUGUUACUAAAACGUUUCACUUUAAAAGCUAUUUUAAGGCCGUGGCUUUUGUAAAUGCCGUUGCGGCGGAGAGCGCGUCCAAGAAACAUCAUCCUACUAUGACUAUUCGGAUUGGCUCCGUCGAUGUGCACUGGACGACCCAUCGUCCGCGUGGAUUCUCGGAGAAGGAUGUGUCUAUGGCGCAGCAUUGUGACAAGGGUGCUGCUCUAAUGGGCGCAGUUGAGCCUGGUCAGGGGAUUAAAUGUGGACCCUAG